CUACUUCGCCACUUCUCGCAAAGGCGCGACAGUGCUUCUCUCAGUCGGCAUCGUGCACCGCUGCCGCCACCACCCAUCUCUCUCCUCCAUCUCCAUGGUCGGUGGUCCGCCUUGAGCGCGCAGGCCACAACUGUGUUUCUUCUUGGUUGACGCUCACGGACCGCCGUGUCGGGCAUCCUUUACCCCGUCUAUACAUCGACCGCCUUCCUUCCUUCUCCCUUGCUGUGCACAAUUGUUGCGGGCAAUAGUUGACCGACCCUUUGCAAUCGCCGCCGCCUCCAAUACCCAACUCCGUUGUGACCACUAGUCGCCGGCAGCUAUCCUUGACCUAGGGCCAUCGUCGGCCACCGUGAGCUAGCCUCUGCUGGAGUUGAAGCUGUCGGAGGAGGGGCCGAACAAUAAAGGGUGAUAUUAACUUGGGAUGCAGAGAUACCUGCCAAGAGUAUAGUGGUCAUAUGUAUUUUCCCUAUCCAUCUUCAUAAUCAUGCAGUCACAUCUCCCAUUCAGGUCUGGUGCAAUAUCAGAUUGAAUAAAUAUGCAAGAACGGUAUGCAUGUUUGGAUACUUUAAAAGGGGAUAAGGGCAAUAGCGUCAUUUCGAGUCAAAUCUCCCACAAGAUCGAUUUCACUGGAGUUGAGGAGCCGUCUGUUUGUUCAGCCGCCACACCGUUCUCUGAUCCGCCGAUCGUCGGCCACUGGCCCACCGUGCGGAUACUACCUUGGCUCCCGUAGCAUAAGUAGACAAGCACAGUGUCUGCCCGUUCUUGCUUCUCGAACAGUUGUAUCUCUUCCUUGCUCAUUCAUUGGCAUCACUCAUUGAGGCUGGUCCGCGGAAGUAGCGCACCUCAAUUUCCACUGUCAUACGCUGCCACUUACCAUCGCCGCCCUGUCAUCCAACGCCAUCAGUUUCUGCUGCUACUUUGUGCGAAGGAAUAGCUGUUGAUCGACUCAAGCUUCUUGACUGUGAGGUUGGCUUUGUUGGUUCUCCAAUGGUGAGCAGCGAGGAGUUGAAGAAAGCUCAGAUUGUUGAGGCUCGUGCGAAGAGCAUUUUCCCUAAUGUUAGGUGCACUGAAUGUGGCAGUCAAUCCAUUGAGGAUUCACAGGCAGAUGUUGCUAUUUUGCUCAGAAAGCUCAUCCGGGAUGAAAUCCGAGAAGGUAAAACUGACAAGGAGGUGUACAAAAGUCUAGCGGAAAGGUUCGGCGAGGAUGUACUUUAUGCUCCUCGUUUCGAUCUACAAACUGCUGCUAUAUGGUUGUCGCCGGUCAUUGUUGCUGGGGUUGCAAUUGGUGGAUGGGCAUAUCGGAGGCGCAGGCAAAAUACCAAUGUCCACGUAAUGGCACUGAAUCUUGUUCGAGGUGUUCCGUUAACCCCUACAGAGAAGGAAACUAUGCUCGAACUACUAACACCACCUCCAUCUCCGAGAAGAAAGUGGUGGAGUUGAAGGUUUUGUUGUGCUUUCUAUGAUCCUUCACUCUUAGCUAAUCUAUAUACUUUCAUAGUGGACCUUUAUAAGAAGAGCAAACAAACAAAAUGCUGCAAAAGUUCCAAUUUUGUCACUGUUAUGUCGAAAUGUAUCUAGCUCAUGGAUGUUUAAUCGUCGAUUACUCAAUAAGUUGAAUGAGAAGCGAUUGGAAGAUA